UCGGCAGAGGCGAAGAAACCGUGAGGCUCACACAGAGAGAAAGCACGAGAGAAGGAGACACACUCAGGAAGUUACCAGGGGAAGUUUAGUGGUUUCUUGCGUCAUCAUUAUAUGCUGCUUCUUGUGCCGAUGCAGAGUGAAGAGGGGAUGACAAAUGAAAGUAUGUCCUAACACAUCGGCUCCGACGCAACACGGCUCACAGAGGAAGCUGCCGACAACAUGCACUGAAGUGGAGGAAGCAGCAGCUCGGUCAGAUCUCUGAGAUGUGCUCCACCUCGGCACUGCCACGUUAACCAGAGCCGGUGGAGUCGGUGUGACGGGGGACAAGCGGAGCGGCUCGGUCUGGAUGUGAGGAGAACACUGCCGACAGGAAGAGAUGCGAAGGGUUCGGAGAAGAGGAGGGAACAAAGAGAAGGUGUUUGGAUGUGAUCUGCUCGAGCACCUGAACGCCUCCUCUCAGGAGAUUCCUCAGGUCUUACGGUUCUGCAGUGAGUUCGUGGAGCAUAAUGGCAUCGUGGAUGGAAUCUACAGGUUGUCUGGAGUGUCGUCCAACAUCCAGAAACUCAGGGGGGAAUUUGAGAGUGACGGGAACCCAGACCUGAACAAGGAUGUGUAUCUGCAGGACAUCCACUGUAUCAGCUCUCUGUGCAAAGCUUAUUUCAGGGAGCUGCCGAACCCUCUGCUCACGUACCAGCUGUACGACAAGUUCGCUGAGGCUGUUGCCAUCCAGCUGGAGGAGGACAGGCUGGUGAAGAUAGGAGAUGUGCUGAAGGAGCUUCCACCUCAACAUUACAGGACUCUGGAGUUCCUGAUGCGUCACCUCGUCAAAAUGGCUUCAUAUUCCUCAGAGACCAACAUGCACUCCAGGAACCUCGCCAUCGUCUGGGCCCCCAAUCUGCUCAGGUCAAAGGACAUUGAGUCGACCGGGUUUAACGGCACGGCAGCCUUCAUGGAGGUCAGGGUUCAGUCCAUCGUCGUGGAGUUCAUCCUCAAUCACGUCCCUCAGCUGUUUCCUGAAGAAGGUGAAUCGGAUGAGAGAAGGAAGUCCCUCCCCUCUCCAUCAACAGCGUCCAGCCCGGAUGAACUGUUUCUGAAGUCUGUUCCCACUCGGCUUGUCCACAGCUACGGGAACAUCAGCCCAGGAGACGGCCCACAACCCAUGAGACCCUACCAUGCAAUCAUAGAGGGAACAGACAAGAGGAAAGGAUCUCUGAAGGGCAGGAAGUGGAUGUCCAUCUUCAACAUCGGAGGACGAUUCCAGGACACACGGAGACGAAACAAACACUCGGCUAAAGAGAAAGACAGACCUGCUAUGAGACCAGCAAGAAGCAUGGACUCCCUCAGUAUCCAGUCAUAUACACAUGAAGGUUCCAAACAUCCUCCCCAGCCCCCUCCCUCCACCAACAUGUCUCCCCUCGUCACCUCCUCCCCACAGCCGGGCUCAGAGGCCACGGCGCCUCCUGGUGGAAUGGGGGGCAGUGAAUACGCCGUGACGUACCGCAGAGGAACAGGGUGCGUGAGCGGGGGGACCCAGGGCACCUACACUGCUCUCGACCCUGAGGGCUUGGGGGUCAUUGGCAGUGAGGGUCUCCAGUCCAGAUCCCCGGGUCUCUCGGCCAAGGCAGGCCGAAGAGCGGCCAUGCACAUCACAGGGCCCACCAUGGUUACUGUGCCACUACACAUCACCUCCAACCUGGCAUUGGGGGUGCUGCAAGGGCGCGGGAGCGACCGGGUCAUCCAUCGUGGCAGGGAUAAGGAUGGAGGGGACAGGGCAGAAGGAAAGGAGGGAGAAGGAAAAGGGGAGAGGAAGAAAAUCAAGAGGACGGAAAUGAAGGUGGAGGGAGUCAGGAAGGUUAGAAAGGAGGAGACAGACGGGGGAGGAGUUGUGGACGUGGAGGUGAAAACAGUGGUGGCAGGUGGUGUUGGCGAGGAGGAGGGGGAGGGAGCAAAGGUGGAGAAGGAGGAAGAGGAGAGAAAAGGUUGUGGACGGAAGUCGGAGCUGGUGCUGGUGGGUCGAAGUGUUUCCAGAGAGCAAGUCAACUCCAACACAGACGAUGAAGACGCAACAAGAAACGACCAACAGGACGACAGGAGCAGUGACUACGAGGAUAUGAAAGAUAUGGAACAGGCUGAUCCUCAUCCAGAGGUGACCGAGUCGGAAUAUGUUAGUUUGCUCGAAGCGUCCGACAUCCUGAACUCGACCGAGGCGGAGGGAGACGACCAGGAGAUGUCUGGCUACGUUCAGGAUAACUUUGAAUUCCUGGACCACAUGGACUGCUGCCCCAUGGACCACAUGGACAGCAGCAACUCAUAUCAGGUGCACGAGUUCUCCGUCGAGCCUCCUUGUGACUCAGAAGACGAGUAUGAGGUCAUGGUUCAAGCUCGGCCUCCCCCGGAUCCGGCAGUGCAACAUGUGCACCUGCAGCCGGGUCCUGAAACACGCACCCGGAGUCAAACCGAGUUCAAACCUCACAGGCCGCUGAGCCUGGACCUGCACCUGCGACACACUAAAUCCCUCAGCCUUCCUUAUAUGACCUCACCUAUCGACGGGCCGGACGAGUCCUGCUCUGAAGAGGAAGAGGAGGAGGAGGAGGAGGGAGACCACAGUGAGGAGGAGGAUUACAGCAGUGAGGAGGAUGGAAGCAUGUUUGCUAAAAGCCUCCCCGCUGAUUUCUUUUUAAACAAUCUGAGCGGGGAUGGACUGGACACUGAUAACGUCAGUAGACUUCCUGUUGACCAAUCGCCAAGCUCUGAUGAUUCUGAGGCGUCGCACCCUAAAGAACCGACCCCCGGAGACCAGGAGCGAGAAGAAGAGAUGGAUGAAGAGGAGGGAGAAGGAAAACAGAUAGUGAAGAGCGAAGAGGAAGAGGAAGAUCCUCAACAAGAAGAUCAACCAGAAAAACAACGCUUGGCAGCAGAAGAAGAUCCUGACAUCACGGAGGAAGUUCAUAGUGACAAAGAAAAGCUGUGUGAUUCCGAACCCUCAACAUCCAGCUGUGAGAAGACAGAGAAACUCAUCACUAUCAAGGCUGAGGAGGAGGAGGAGGAGGAAGAGGAGGAGGAAGAGGAGGAAGAGGAGGAGGAAGAAGAAGAGGAGGAGGAAGAGGAUGAUAAUCUUCCAACUGAUUAUCCACCUUGUCACACAGAUUCCUGUUACACACAGGAGACGGGUGAUGGUCGGUUAGAGGAGAGUGGAGGUCAUCCUGGAACCUGUGAUGAAGACGAGAAAGAAGAAAAACACACUGACGAGGCAGAAGACAGGAGGGUAGAAAAAGAGACAGAGACGACAUGUCAAGAAAUGGUUCUGGAGAAAAAACAAGAGGAUGAGAACAUGUUGGAAAACCCCAGUGAAGAGGAUGAAGAGGGAACAGCUGGUGAUGAAGAAGAGAAACAGAAAGGUGGCAGAGAGGAGGAUAGUGUCAUUUGUAGCAGAGAAGUUUGGGAGGAACUUGAGGAUGUGGUAUGUGAAGUGAUCGAGGAGGGUGAGAAGGUUCAGAUGGAGGGAGAGAGAGCUAGAGAGCAGGAGGAGCAGGAGGAGCAGGAGGAGCAGGAGGAGCAGGUGGAGCGGGAGGAGCGGAAUGCAAAGGGAUCGGGAGAAAAAAGAGAAGAAGAGGAGGAAGGAGGAACAAACAAGACAGAAGAUAGAAUAGAGGUCGAGAAGCUCACAGAGAUGCACCGAGAGUCUGAGGAGAAAGAGACGAGUACACUUCAGGUGAAGAAGGCAGCCAUUGAAGAGGCUCAGCAUCACGACAGAGAAGAUGAGGCCACAAGAGAGAAAGAGAACAGGACGAACGAUGAAGAGGCCGCUGAUGAGCAACGCAGAACAUCUCCAAAAACCAGGUCUGAUGUCAAAACCCUCAAGCCGGAGGAGAGUGACAGAAGCCAAGGAGGAGGAGGAGGAGGAGGAGGAGGAGGAGGAGGAGGAGGAGGAGGAGGAGGAGAAGGAGGAGGAGGAGGAGGAGGAGGAGGAGGAGUUGGCAGGAAGCUGGUUAUCUCCCAACACCCAAAGGUUUACCAGGCGAGAGCUGUGCCAGUCGUGCCCCCAAAGCCUCAGCACUGCAGAUUCACUGCCAUGACCCUCCGGCAGCAGCAGCAGCAUCAGCACCAGCAGCACCAGCAGCAGCACCAGCAGCACCAGCACCAGCAGCACCAGCCACAGCAGAGAGAGCGAGGAGGCGCAGAGGGAGGAGGAGAAAACCCCCCGAGAGUCCAGCCGGAGCAGGAGAGGGUCAGUGCAGGGGAGCAGGGGAAGGAUGGAGCGAGGAGGGAGAUGGAGAUUUGGAAGGACGGGGAGGACACGAGCAGAAACAGUCCCGUCAGCAUGUGUUUCGAUGAGGCCGUCGCCAUUGCAACCAUGAGGCGAGGGAAGGAGAGGGGGAGCGAGAAGGAGAGGUCGAGGGACCGGGGGGGCGAGGUGCUCUGAGCCAGCAUCGAGAUUUAAACAGAUUUUUACGGUUUUCCUUUUCUUUUUACAUACAACAUAAAAGUUUGUCUCGUUCUUUUACUGAAUUCUGUUUAUUUCAGUACAAAUUACAACAACAGUGUUGAUUGUCAGAUGAUGUUUGAGUUGUGUUUCUGACACAAACUAACUUUGAUGUGCAGCCGGAAAAAACUUGUAGUUGUUUUAAAUAUUGGGGAACGAGAUGGGGGCGGGGGGGAGGUCCCUGACUGGACUCAACUUAGAUCUGAUGCAAUUAUAUGGUACAAGGUUUGGAAUAAAUGAAAGACUGCAUUUACCUGAUAUUGCCUUAAAGAAAAUAUAGAAACUUGUAGAAAACACGAAUGAGACUAAAGCUGAAGUUUUGCCAUAACAUGUUAGAUAUGAAAUAUUAUUCAAACCAUCUGGAUAAAUUGUUAUUUUUUUAAUAUAUUUAAAUACCUAAUUUUCAUAGAGUCUUUGGAAAACAGAACAUCGCACCAUUGGAUAACUCGAAUUAGAUCAGAAGUAAAUAUUUGAAACUCAAAUCUAACUCUUGUUAGCACUAGUUAUCUAAUUAUACAAUACUUUGUAAUUAUAUAAAGUAUAUGUAUAUAUACAGUAUAUCUAUAUUUAUGUAUACUGUAUUUGUAUAAAGUAAAUGCCAGAAAGUUAAUGGUAAAUUUGAAAGAGUGGGGAUAAUGGAUGGAAUGUAUCAUUUAAGAUAAAUAUGAUGUCUGAAGAAAUGUGUUUGGAUUAUGUGAAUAAAAUGAUGUUUUCAA